AGGAAAUAAAAAUAAAAGAUAAAUCCGUAGCGAGCGGAAGUUGAAACACCCACUUCGCAAAUCCCCAGGCGCAACUCGAUCGGAUUUCCACCGCCGUUGCCGGCAGCACCGUCGCCGCCGCCGCCGCCACCAUGCCGGUCUUCAAGACGCCAUUCAACGGCUACUCCGUCAAGUUCAGCCCUUUCUAUGAGAACCGUCUGGCCGUCGCCACCGCCCAGAACUUCGGCAUCCUCGGCAACGGCCGCGUCCACGUCCUCUCGUUGCCGCCCUCCCCCGGUGCGCCGGUAGCUGAGAUAGCCGCCUACGAUACCGCCGACGCCGUCUACGAUAUCGCGUGGUCGGAGUCCCACGAUUCCAUCCUCGUCGCCGCCGUGGCCGACGGCUCGGUCAAGGUCUACGAUAGCAACCUCCCGCCGGCCUCCAACCCGCUCCGGUCCCUCCACGAGCACUCCCGCGAGGUCCACUCCGUUGACUACAACCCCACUCGCCGGGACUCCUUCCUCACUGCUUCGUGGGACGACUCCGUCAAGCUAUGGACCGUUGACCGGCCCGCCAGCAUCCGGACUUUCAAGGAGCACGCCUACUGCGUGUACGCCGCCGCGUGGAACCCUCGCCACGCCGACGUGUUUGCCUCCGCCUCCGGGGACUGCACGGUUCGCGUGUGGGAUGUCCGGGAGCCCGGGUCUACCAUGAUUAUCCCUGCCCACGACUUCGAGGUCCUCUACACUGAUUGGAACAAGUACGAUGACUGCAUCCUCGCCACCGCCUCCGUUGACAAGACCAUUCGGGUAUGGGACGUCAGGAGCUUCAGGGUUCCGGUGACGGUCCUUAACGGCCAUAGCUACGCCGUAAGAAAGGUGAAAUUUUCUCCCCACCGAGGUAGCUUAAUGGUCUCGUGCUCAUAUGACAUGGCGGUGUGCUUGUGGGAUUAUAUGGUGGAGGACGCCCUCAUAGGAAGAUAUGAUCACCAUACUGAAUUUGCAGUUGGGGUCGACAUGAGUGUGCUCGUCGAAGGGCUUCUCGCGAGCACAGGGUGGGACGAGCUAGUCUAUGUUUGGCAGCAUGGGACUGAUCCAAGGGCUCCUUAGCAUGGAAGGGAGGUCAAUUAAUUUUUCGGGUCCUUUUGUUUCUUUCUUUCUCCAAAUUGAGCUCAUCACUUGAAAUCCCAAAGGGAGUUUGGGCGGGACAACUGAGGCUAAGAUGUGUCAUAUUUAGUCAAGGGCUGAGGUAAAUGGUGUGGUAUUUGUUUCGUGGCUGUUUGGGUUGCUAUGAAACUCGAUCGUCCCAUGUUGUUCUUGGUGAAUAACACAAGAAUGAAAUCUUGUAUAUGAGAUUUAAUACCCAAAGGAUCUAUGUCGUUUUAUGGCAUUUAUUCCUUGCUUUUGUCAUGUUUGUUCGUUCUACUUAUUCAGAUGGUUGAAUAUAUAUGGAACAUUACGCCGUAGAUGAUAGACUUUUCAUUCCUUUUUAUGGUCA